AUGCACAGGCAUAUAGUACCCAAGCAAUCUGGGGUCCAUCGCUUCGCCUGUUUAUCGCUUUACCGAGCACUUCUUCAUCAAUGCCGUUCUCCAAAGAACGCCGCAUGGCUCGAUGAAGCGAGAGGGGUGGUUCAACAUAGUUUCCGAAGGUACAAGAACCUACAGAGUCCGAGUCAAACCGUGAAUGCCCUGCGUGCAGGCUACGAGGCUCUAGACCUUAUCUUUGCGGCGCAUACUGAUCCGAACCACCAAGAAAAAGUCACGCGUCUGAUAUCCCGAGCCAAGCUUCACAGAGACAGAUUUGUCGCGAAGCAAGAGAAGGCUCGAUCACUAGUGCCACCUCCGCCGCCUCUGACACCCAGGGCAGCACGCAAGGCAGAGUCGAUUCGUUUCCAAAAUGAAACCGCCCUACGACACCCCGACGCAAAGCCGAUCCUAGAUCGACCAAGGCCGCUGGGGGACAAAGUACGACACGUACCUGUUCUCGUGAAUUCGCGGGGAGUUCCAUACCUGCGCAUCAAAAAGCCCAUACCACAAAACCUCAGCAACGCGAUACGGUCAAAGCUCGCCAUUCGAUGGAGAUGGAUUAUGCGUCGCGACAGGCUGAAGGUUGAAUCGUUGUUUGCUCACGAUGAGGAGGUCUGGGAUCGUAUUACUGGGACCCGCGAUCUACCGGCUUGGACCUCGGCCACCACCAACGCGAUUGAGGAGACCAAAGCCAAGAUCAACGAUUACGACGCAAAAAACAAGAAGCUAGCGGAGGAUAUGUGGAUGGUUGUCCUCGCUGAAAGAGCCCUGGCCGAGGAGGAGGCAGCAGCUCUAGGAAAGCCAGAGGAUAAACCAGAGCAUCCGUCAAAGGAAGAACAAGGGCCAGAGCAAGCGACAAAGCCGUCGUUUUUAAAGAAACUUGGCCGCAGUCUAGGAUUUUCCAACGACACUCCCAGCUCUAAGGACUGA